CGUAGUUGAUACGGCAGCGUUUUAGUUCUAAAGGAAACAACCUCCAGUAACAGCCCCAUCAUUUUGCUUCAUCCUAUUUCUUGGAGAGAAGACUCAAAAAAAAAAAAAGCUUCAGAAACCAAGAACAAUGGAGAUGAGUUUGAAUCUCGCGUCGUCUUCAACCUCAAACCCUGUUUUCCUUUUCAAUCCGAUUCUCUCAGGAAAAAAACUCAAUUUCCCAAACCGUCACCAGAGAAUCCCUAAAAGAGCGAAACCCAUUUGCGUUAGGUCUUCGAUUAACUUGUCUGGACCCAGACAAACCUUAUCUAGUAACUGGGAUGUGUCUAGCUUCUCCGUUGAUUCCCUUGCUCAAUCGCCUUCUCGUCUCCCCAGCUUCGAGGAACUCGACACCACAAACAUGCUGCUCCGUCAGAGAAUCGUCUUUCUGGGCUCUCAGGUCGAUGAUAUGACAGCAGAUUUGGUCAUAAGCCAGCUCUUGUUACUAGAUGCUGAGGACUCAGAGAGAGACAUCACACUCUUUAUCAAUUCACCUGGUGGUUCUAUUACUGCUGGGAUGGGAAUAUAUGAUGCAAUGAAACAAUGCAAGGCGGAUGUAUCAACUGUUUGUUUAGGUCUAGCUGCAUCAAUGGGUGCGUUUCUUCUUGCUUCUGGUUCAAAAGGGAAACGUUAUUGCAUGCCUAACUCUAAAGUCAUGAUCCAUCAGCCACUUGGUACUGCUGGAGGCAAAGCAACGGAAAUGGGUAUACGCAUAAGAGAAAUGAUGUACCACAAGAUUAAACUAAACAAGAUCUUUUCAAGAAUCACCGGGAAGCCUGAAUCACAGAUCGAAGGUGACACAGACCGUGAUAAUUUCUUGAAUCCAUGGGAAGCGAAAGAGUAUGGUUUGGUAGACGCUGUAAUCGAUGAUGGCAAACCGGGUUUAGUCGCACCGAUUGGUGAUGGUACUCCUCCACCUAAAACCAAAGUUUGGGAUCUUUGGAAAGUUGAAGGAACCAAGAAGGAUAACAAGAACUUACCAAACGAGCUCUCCAUGAUACAGAAUGGUUCAGUCUCUAGCGAAUAGAGCUGUUUGUUGCAGCGUUUACUGUCAUGAUUCUUUAUGCUAAAUGUGGUUUGCAACUAUAAUAUGAGGUUUCUUGUGUUAUGUACCAUUUCUCAGAUAGAUUUUGGGAGUCAUUUUAAAGCAAAAGAUAUAGUUUUGUUUGUUGAA